CACUACACUACAGGAGAAAGAGAGAGUGGGAGAAAGAAAGAGUGGGGCAGAAAAGAAAGAACGGAUGAUAUAAGGAUGUGGAAGAGUGUGUGUUUAGUGCUAAUGUGCGUUGUACUGACGCACGCUCAGUUCCCACGUCAGUGUGUGACACCAGAAGGUCUGCAGAGUGGCACCUGCUGCCCAUCACCUACUGGACUGCCCAAUGAUGAGUGUGGAUCCAGUACCGGGAGAGGUCAAUGUGUGUCAAUUACUGCUGACCGCCGGCCACACGGGCCCCAGUAUCCUCACGAUGGGCGGGAUGAUAGAGAACGAUGGCCACUUCGGUUCUUUAAUAGAACCUGUCAAUGCAAUGGAAACUUCAGUGGAUUUAACUGUGGGCGAUGCCGACACGGUCUGACAGGGCCAAACUGUGAUCAAAGAGUCACCGUGGUGCGACGUAACGUCAUGCAGAUGUCUGCAGAUGAGAAAAGAGCCUUUGUGAACGCCCUGGACCAGGCUAAAAGAACUGUCCAUCCUGACCUGGUCAUCAGUACCCGCCGCUAUCAGGAGAUUUUCGGCCCGGACGGAGCAAGUGUACAGUUUGAGAACAUCACCAUUUAUAAUUACUUUGUCUGGACCCACUACUUUUCAGUCAGUAAGACUUACAUGGGUCCGGGCCAGCAGAGCUUCGGAGGUGUGGAUUUCUCACACGAAGGACCAGGAUUUGUCACUUGGCACCGGUACCACCUGUUGCAACUAGAGAGAGACAUGCAGGACAUGCUGGAGGAUCCGUCGUUUGCCCUGCCAUACUGGAACUUUGCAAUAGGAGGCAGUGAGUGUGAUAUCUGCACAGAUGACCUGCUGGGAGCCAGAAGCAGCUUUGACACCAAUGGCAUCAGUUCCAACUCUGUGUUCUCUCAGUGGAGAGUCAUCUGUGAGAGUGUGGAGGAGUAUGAGACACUGGGGACCAUCUGCAACAAUACAGAGACAAAUCCAAUCAGAAGAAACCCUGCCGGUAAUGUGGCUCGACCCAUGGUUCAGAGAUUACCAGAACCACAGGACAUCGUCGACUGUCUCGAGCUGAACACUUUCGACACACCACCUUAUUACUCAACUUCUUCUCAGAGCUUCAGGAACACUAUUGAGGGUUACAGUGCUCCCCAGGGAAACUAUGACCCAGUAGUGAGGAGUCUGCACAACCUGGCUCAUUUGUUUCUCAAUGGCACAGGUGGACAGACUCACCUGUCACCAAACGACCCCAUCUUUGUCCUGCUUCACACGUUCACUGAUGCCAUCUUUGAUGAAUGGCUUCAGAGACACACUGCUGCAGGAACAGUGGUCUAUCCUGAGGAGAACGCUCCGAUUGGGCACAACAGAGAGUUCAAUAUGGUUCCUUUCUGGCCACCAGUCAGAAAUGCUGAAAUGUUUGUCACUGCCCCAGACAACCUGGGAUACACCUAUGAGGUUCAGUGGCCAACUCGGGCAUACACUGUUUCGGAGAUCAUCACCAUAGCGAUUGUUGCCGUGGUGCUUGUUGUGGCUGUGGUGGGCGGAGUCAUCGGGUGUGCUGUUCGGGCACGUUCUUACCGCUCAGCUGAGGGCCUGGAGCCGCUGCUAGGGGAACAGUUCAGGCGUUACUCAGAGGAGCAGCGGCAUGCUUCUCAGUCUGUGGUGUGAUUGA